UGGGGUCUGUCUUCGCGCCCCGGAAUUCGACUUGGAGUGGACUUGGGGGCCGGGAGAAGAAAGGGAGUGGAAGUCGGGGUCGCAGAGGGCCGUUGAGAUAGUGUCCAAGAUGAAUGACAGCCUGUUUGUCAGCUUGGACAGACUUUUGCUAGAAUUUGUUUUUCAGUAUGAGCAAGAUAUAAGCACUAAAGAAGAUAUGAUUCACCGAAUUAAUAAAAGCUUUGAUGAUAUUAAACAAAAUAAAGCAACUAUUUGUAAGAUACAGGAAACUAUACAUACAACAGAUGAGGAAAUUGGUUAUUACUGUAAACAUAGUAAGGAAAUCAAAGACAACUGUAGUAACUGGAAGCCAACAUGUGAUGUUUUUCAUAAACAUGAACACUAUAUGCAGGACCAAUUUACUAUUUAUCAAGAAACAAUUGAAAAAGACAAAAAAAUGUACCAUGGUUAUGUAUGUCAGUAUAAAGAUGUUUUGAAGCAAUACAAACUAAAAUACUCAGAAACACCUCUUUCACGUGAAUAUUACGAGAAGAAAAGAGAACAUGAAGAAAUUCAAAAGAGAGUUUUGGCAUGUACUGAACAACUAAAAAUGAAUGAAGCUAUUUUUAUGGAAUUUCUAGUGCCUGCUCCCUUUCCAUCACUUAUUAAAUGGACAUUACAUAUUGUUAAUUUGAGAUGUAAAACACAAGAUAUUCUUAGACAUGCCAACAAUUUUUCCAAAAUUUCAUGUGAGUUGAAGAAAGAAGUAGAUGAAGUGGAAAUAGAAAUUAAUUAUUUAAACCAGCAGAUUGGAAGACUUUAUGAAACUAAGAAUCUUUCAGAAACUCUGGAAGAAAAAACUAAAGAUACAGAAAAAAGAAAGGAAUUGAAAGAAAGAGUUUUUGAAAAAGAUGAACAGCAUGUAUUAAAUAAAACCUCUCAGAAAAGUCAAUUACUUCUUUCAAAUGAAUAUCAGAAAUUAGUCAGACCAAUAAAUGUUUUAUCAUCAGAACCAAGAGUUAUAGAUAAAAAAGAAGACAGUUUUGUGAAGCAGUCAAAACUUCCCCAUGUUGACUUCAAACAAAAAGAAAACAGUGUACAGGUAUUUAAUGACUCUGCUAUGAAUAUCCAUUCAAAAUGUUCACAUGUCACGGCUAUUAAAAGUUCACAGAAUUUUAUGCAGUUCAGAUUGUUAACCCCACAGAAACAAUCAAAUUUCAAUCAAUGGUUUGAUAAAGGAGACACAGAUGCUGAGUGUGGAGAUAAAGGGACAACAGGACAAUUGAAAGAAUCAAAAUGUACUUCACAAGUUAUAUAUGAAGAACAUUUUGGGAAGCCAAUAGAUAAUAAUGAUGGAGUAGAAGAAGAGGCUGAGAAUUUUUCACGAACUCCUGAAAUUCCUUUAUUUUUAAGAACUCCUGAAGCUGUGAAAACACCUGAAUCCUUGGAGAAAUUACUGUUCCCUAAAACCCCUCCAUUUGAAAUCAACAAAAACAGAAAUACAACGCCUGAAGGUCAGAUACAGAAGGAAUCCCCUGGGACUUCUUUUCUUAUGAGUUAUACUUCUAGAUCACCUGGAUUGAAUUUAUUUGAUUCUUCUAUAUUUAAUUCAGAAAUCUCAUCAGAUAAGCACUAUGAAAUAAAACACUACGAAGGAGAAGAAGGCUCUGGUGAGGACGGAGCAGCUCAGGAUGCAGCCAGGAGUGCAAUGAAAUUCCAGCACUUCCUGUGGGCCAGCCUCGCGAAACGCCAAGCCAGAGGAGUUGGGAAACCAGUGCUCAACAGUGAACACUUAAUAAAGACAUUCCUGGACCGAGACGGAGCUGUGCUGUUUGGUGGAUUGGAACACCUUCCCUGCUCCCCGCAAGCCGAGUAUGACUCAGAAGGCGUAUCCUUUCGCUUUUCCGGAGCAGUAGCCCGGACCUCUGGCCUCACAGGGCAGCCUGCACACUCGAGUUCUGUCAGUCUCAGGCAGCCACAGGCGGCUUGUUCCGCUUGCACGGAGCCAAGCAGGGUUUUCUGCUCUGUCCACGUCUGGGCCGUGGUGACAGUAGUGACGGGAAUGGAAGCGAGGUUUACCACGUGGAAAUCGUGGCUAAGACCCAUUGCACAUGAAAUUAAGCCUCCAACGUCGUUCCAUACCAUCCUUAGUGCGGGCGUGUCUGCUGCUUUACCAGCAGCACUGGGGCCUUGUAAGGCUGCAAGAGUUACCGGAUCCCAGCCUCACGCGCGUACCCUUGCAGGGCGACGAGCCGCGCCGGCCUGGAUGAAUGCUCGCUGGGCUCAGUCACCCAGGGACGUGAAAGAGGGGAGCCUCCUGAGCGCCGCUCCGAGCUGGGCGCCGGCGGGGUGGGAGGGCAGAUGA